CAAAAACAAAUUGUGAUGUCUGAGUAACACUUAUCAACUGAAACAAUCUGUGUUUCCUUCUCUGACUUGUACAAUGUCAGUGUUAUCGCCUCAAACACUCUCGCCACUUCUUCUAAACACCAAGACAGAUUUUGGGUCUCCACUUCCUCUUAUCACCUUCUCCUCCACACCCACUAACCGCUCCUCCCUCUUCAUCUCUUUCAACAAUUCUGGAAAUGGGUUGGCCAGUGAAGACAAAAAAAUCUUGCUUGAGAAGUACGGCUACGAUGUCGAUGCUGACGAGUACUUUUCUCAGUCAUCUCCUAAGUCUAAGAGGAGAAAGGAGCAGCUAAAGAAAAGGGGAGGGAAGCAAGUGCAGGACCCACCAGAGGACCCUAAGCCUCCUCGUACUACCCAUAAGUUGCUUCAGGUUCUCGGAGGAACAGCUCGAAGAGUGAAGCUACUCUCACCAAAGGGCAUGGAUGUACGCCCCAUGAUGGAAGUGGUCAAAGGUGCAGCCUUUGAUAUAUUACAGGCAGCUGGUGGCUGUCCUGCAGCGCUGAGACCUGGUCGAUGGUUAGACUUGUACAGUGGUACAGGUUCUGUUGGAAUUGAGGCACUUAGCCGAGGAUGUUCUGAGGUGCAUUUUGUUGAGAUGGAUCCUUGGGUUGUAUCAGAUGUUUUACGUCCAAACUUAGAGGAAACUGGAUUCCUUGAUGCUUCGGUCAUACAUACUGUUCGUGUGGAAAAAUUCUUUGAGCGUGCAGAACAAUUCGUAGGAAACGAUGGCCCAUUUGAUUACAUUAGUGUCACCCCUCCAUAUACACAAGUUGACUAUCAGGUGCUGAUGAGACAAAUAUCAGAGUCAUCCUUGAUUGGAGAGAACACAUUUAUUGUAGUUGAGUAUCCUUUAAAAACUGACAUGCUGGAUUCUUGUGGAAGCCUUGUGAAGGUAACCGACAGACGGUUUGGACGGACGCUCUUGGCAAUUUAUGGACCAACAUGGUCCCAGAAGAAGAGGAGAUGACACAUUCAAAUUACCACAGUUUCAGUAAAGGCUGAGAAACAUGCUGGUGCAAUUUUUUAUCUGUUACAAGGGUCAACAGGGUUUAGUUUCUGAAACCUAUCUCACUUCUUCAGAAGCUGUUAUACAGAGUCUAGUGUUGGUCCCUGCGACAGGUCACCACAUGUUAUGUGAUGUCUUGUGGUGAAUUAUGAAACCUUGGAUUCUUUUCAUAUAAGAUGAGAACCCCCUCAGCUGAUAAUUGAUUUAUUAAAUGUAUAUUAAGGUUUCAUUAUGGUUGGUCAUAGUUGAAGUGAAUUGUGAUAGUAAGGGAACUUUAUCUACAAUAUUAGGAGUGUGAAUCUUGAAAUCA